UUACGGCUGGUUGGAGGAUCCGGAAGCUGGGAAGGAAGAGUUGAAGUUUAUUAUAAUAACAUCUGGGGAACUAUUUGUGAUGACUCCUGGGAUAUAUAUGACGCGCGAGUUGUUUGUCGUCAACUUGGGUUUUUUGGUGCGGUUAGUGCUCCAGGGUCUGCCCGAUUCGGCGCGGGAAGUGGUCAAAUUUGGCUGGAUGAUGUUGCAUGUUCGGGAAGUGAAAGUUCUAUACUCUAUUGUGGGCACAAUGGAUGGGGCUCUCACAACUGCGGCCACAGUGAAGAUGCAUCGGUGAUAUGUUUAGGUAUGUGACAAUAAAUUUUUCAGAGCGUCCCAAUGUGAAUGCUUUAAAAACAGGUUAAGAAAAUUUGCUGUGAUUUUCUUCUCGUAUUUGCUACCGCUAACUAUUUGCUAACUUAAAGUCGGGAAACGUUAAAAGAAUAUACAACUUCUCUAUACCAACAGCACCAACAACUUCUGUUCCAUGGACAACGUUGUCGCCCUGGACGUCGCCUUCUGCUCAAGCAUCUUGUAACUUUGACUAUGGAUUGUGUUAUGGAUGGAGUCAGUCUCGCUCUGACAUAUUUGACUGGACACUGCGAAACGGAAGUACUCCAUCUUUUGAUACGGGGCCUUCAUCAGAUCACACCACUGGAAAUGGUACAUACACUAACACUGUAAAUGAUUCCACAAUAUCUGCAAGUUAUCAGUCCAUCAGACCCAGUUCCACAGUUGUUCAAAAGCUGGGAAACGCUAUCAAUUGGAUAAAUCUCUAUCAAAUCGUUAACGCAAUCAGUUUCCCCAAAUCUUAUCCGCUGGAUAGAGAUUUGUCCGGGGGAUAGUGCUAAGCAACGUUUGAACAACCGGGGCCUCCUUAUAUUGUUGUUGUUGUUUUUUUUUCCAUGAACCGUCAAAAAUGCGGAUUAACAUUAACAGUCAAAAAAGUUUCUAAGUGUUCCAAAAUCUCGUGCUGUUUCAGCUAUUCUCCACAGACUUCUGACUCCUGAGGAAUCUCUUAAUUACAAGACCCAUCUGAAAAUAUUUUGAUACUUUAUAACUGAAAGGCCAAGACAACCUCCAAAGUAUGACAGUUAAUUUUAAUUUAUACAGAAGUAAAUAUUACCUUUAGCUGUUGGAUUUAAUCGUCCACUUAAUAACCCUCAACCGUCAAAAGCUCUAAAACGUAACCGUUAAACUGUCAAACUUGAAAAAAAUAACCGUAAACCGUCAAAGCUACCACCCCAUUAAGACCCUUGUAAAUGAGACCCUACUAUGCUGGCAUAUUGAUAAAUCUGGGCAGAAAGUUACUCCAAGAUGUAAACCAAUGUCGUUAUGAACAUCACUAUAAUUAUUUGUCAAUCGUAUUAAUUUGUUUUGCUCUUUAUGCAGUAUAUUCUAGGCAUUAAAGAACUAUUACAAAUAACUGUUUUGAAACUGACAGCAUUUUCAUGCCCAGUUUGCUCAUUAAUGUAUACAACAAUAACACUGAGAAUUACAGUAUUUAAAUGAUGUUUAUGAACCGAGUCCUUGAAAAACCCCGUUCUCUCAGAAGUUUCUUUUUUUCUUUUUUAAUAUGUUUUUGUCGUAAACGCGGUGUUGGUGGCAGCGAAAUAAGAAGGUGUUUAGGUAUUCCUAGUUUUUGUUUUGUCCGGGGAGAGAGAGUGAUUGUUUAGCAUGAAGGCCUACAGAUGUAAGUGACAAUAAUUUUAUCAACUUUGUACCUUACUUCGAUUGGUGUGGAUGGGAGAAGCUUAAAAGGGAGGGAAUUGCUUAAUAGAUAAUUUACAUUUUCAUAUUUUCACCAUUACCAAUAUCAGUAUCAUUAUUAUCAUUAUAAUGUUCUUGCAGGUUUCUACAUGUAUAUAGAGACGUCGAUACCUAGGCAGCAAGGUGACAACGCAAAACUUCAAGUGUCAGUUUCUGGAAAUGGCGCGGCAGCUUGUCUCGUUUUUUAUUAUCACAUGUAUGGUGAUACCAUA